GGCAAAGAAAAUUCCUUUUGUGUUUGGGCCUUUUAACUACGAUGGUUUGACACACGCACAACGUGUGUGUAGAUUGUACCGUGCGUGUCUGCAAACUGUAUGGAGUUACGAGUGGAAAGACACUGAUCUUCAACGUAGGGACAUGGUCAGGAUCCGGUAUCUCUUUGAUAAGAAUAGAGAUGUGAAGGACGCCAGGAGACAGAAGCAAGUUUACGAGGAAGGGGUUGGACUGUACGAGAAGUACAAACAUCCUGAACCGAUCAUCCACCCGGAGUGUCCUGACGGGACUGCAUACGAUAGACAGAUCUACCUUCCUAGACACUUGUCGUUGGCACCCCCAGAACAGUCGUGGUGGAUCAAAGAAUGGCAGCUAGAUCGUAAAAUUAGUGGACUAAAAGUGUGGGAAUGGGAUAAGAGGCCUGCUUGGAGAUCUCUGAUAACUCGCAACGACAAGAGAUCCCAUCUUAUCGGAUAUGAGGAUGAUUGCUAGAAUUUUCCAAUUGGAAUCUGUAUAUGAUCAAACUUUAAAAGACUAGUAAACGUGCCCAAUAUGGGGUUUGUCAAAGGUUCCGAGUCACAUAUCUUACUUAACUACGAAUGCAAUUACAUCGCAAAAUGAUAAAUCAUCAGUCUUCACCUAGAUAUAUCAUAACUGUUAUGAAUGAGUUUUAUCAUUAAUUGGUUAAAUAUAACCUCAAAUCAUCAAAUUCAUUACCAAUCGAUAGAACAAGUGGCCUCUUGAAAAGUUAUGUUAUACGGUCUGUAAAUUAUUAUUAGAUUUUGUUGUGUAAUUUAUAACUAUAAGGAGUUUAGUACA